CCGGUGAGCAGGAUCAUGGAGCCGCUCUAAAUCCCGGGUCACGUGUCGUCUCCUCGACGCUCCGCACAUCCGCCACACUCGCCCCGAAGCCGCUUUUCCGUGUGGCGUGUGCCCACGUCGCGCACCGGGAGGAGGAGGAGGAGGAGGAGGAGGAAUGGCGCGGCGCAGAAGGCGCGGGGUGUACGCUUGAAGCCCGCGGGGGGGGAAGAAGAAGAAGCGGCUUUCCCGUGGCGGCGGCGGCGGCGGGACGCCAUGGCCAGCCCGGGCGGCGAGAAGGCUGCGCGCACCGCGGAUUAUUUGCAGAAGAUCAUCGACACGCAGCAGGACUUGUUGGAGCAGCAGAAGCGGCACAUCGAGCACCUCCAGCGGCAAGUCCGCGACCUGAGCUCGCAGCACGUCAGCCUGAAGGAGCACUUCCAGCGGCACCUCGGCGGCUGCCGCCCGCUGCAAGGCGCCGAGUCCGCGCACCUGCUGGCCGCCAUCCGCGAACACCGCUCACCUGACAGGUCUGAAGGAGACACGUCCAGGAUGGUCAGGAGACAUUCUUCACUUCCUGUCCGAGCCCCAGAGCAUGCUGGGAGUUUGGUGUCAGCUGACAUCAGUGCAGGUGUUCCUUGUCACACGUGGAAAUCUGCUUCCUUCAGUGUGGAAGGAGACGGUCGGUCCAAUGAGGGCGGUUCUUCUUCACUGGACGCAGCAGCAGGCUACGGCCAGGGUCCGGUGACCCACGGGUCGGCCAUCGGUCCAGAGCGCUUGGACGGUUCCCUGUACAGCCACGGCGUUCCACCCGGGCCUCAGAGACCUCGCCGGCCGAAGCUCCAGCACUCGCAGUCCAUCCUGCGGAAGCAGGCAGAGGAAGAGGCCAUCAAGCGAUCUCGCUCGCUGUCGGAGAGCUACGAGCUCUCUGCCGACCUGCAGGACAAGCAGGUGGAGAUGCUGGAGCGCAAGUACGGCGGGCGGUUCAUAACUCGACAUGCGGCACGCACCAUCCAGACGGCUUUCCGCCAGUACCAGAUGAACAAGAACUUUGAACGCCUCAGGAGCUCCAUGUCCGAGAACCGCAUGUCCAGACGCAUCGUUCUGUCCAACAUGAGGAUGCAGCUGUCCUUUGAGGGCGCCGAGAAGGUGCACAGUUCCUACUUCGAAGGCAGGCAGGUGUCCAUGACGGAGGACGGCGCCAUGAUGCAGUCGGAAUGUGGAGAUCUUCAGCUCCAUCAGCAGGCCAACAUGGCGUCUCACCCGCCGCCACAGGGGGAUCUCACGGACGCCAUCACAGAACUGGAGGACGCCUUCUCCAGGCAGGUCAAGUCUUUGGCGGAGUCCAUCGACGACGCCCUGAACUGCCGCAGCCUUCAAGGGGACGACGGCCCCGACUCUGAGGCGGGCAGGGAGGUCUCCUAUCAGGUCAAAUCCCAGCGCCGGGCAGGCGGACACCUUCACGAUGACACCAUGGCGUCUUACAGCGAUGUCACUCUCUUUAUCGACGAGGACGACAUGUCGCCUCCAAUCGCUCUGUCCAGGUCGGGGGAGCAGCCCCCCGCCACGGAAUCGGACCUGCGCUUGUCCCAGGACUACUGGCCUAUGGACUCCAAAGACGAGGGCCGCGACACGGACACUAGCUGUCGCAGUACCCCGUCUCUGGAGUGCCAAGAGCAGCGCCUGAGGAUGGACCACCUUCCUCUGCUGACCAUAGAACCUCCCAGCGACAGUUCCGCCGAGCUCAGCGAUCGCUCCGACCGCAGCUCGGUCAAACGGCCGCCCGUGUACGAAUCGCACGGCCACAUGGUCACGUCGUCCCAAGCCAGUCCCAAACACAUCUCCCACGGACCUCCGCCGCGGGCGCCCUCCCGCGACGAGGACGCGCCACUCCGCCACCGCCACCGGCAGCUGGAGAGCCACCUGGCCAUCAACGGCUCGGCCAACCGGCAGAGCAAGUCGGAGUCGGACUUUUCCGACGGGGACAACGACAGCAUCAACAGCACGUCCAAUUCCAACGACACCAUCAACUGCAGCUCCGAGUCCUCGUCCAGGGACAGCCUGAGGGAGCAGACCCUCAGCAAGCAGACGUACCACAAGGAGACGCGCAACAGCUGGGACUCGCCCAUCUUCAGCAAUGACGUCAUCCGCAAGAGACACUACCGGAUCGGCCUCAACCUCUUCAACAAGAAACCAGAAAAGGGCAUCCAGUACUUGACCGAGCGAGGAUUCAUCCCCGACACGCCAGUCGGUGUCGCUCACUUCCUGCUUCAGAGGAAAGGUCUGAGCAGGCAAAUGAUCGGAGAGUUCCUCGGGAACCGACAGAAGCAAUUCAACCGCGACGUCUUGGAUUGUGUGGUGGAUGAGAUGGACUUCCAGAGCAUGGAGUUGGACGAGGCCCUCAGGAAGUUUCAGAAUCACAUUCGUGUGCAAGGAGAAGCUCAGAAGGUGGAGCGACUCAUUGAAGCUUUCAGCCAGCGGUACUGCAUCUGCAACCCGACAGUGGUGCGUCAGUUCCGUAACCCCGACACCAUCUUCAUCCUGGCCUUCGCCAUCAUCCUGCUCAACACCGACAUGUACAGUCCCAACGUCAAGCCCGAGAGGAAGAUGAAGCUGGAGGACUUCAUCAAGAACUUACGAGGUGUGGACGACGGGGAAGAUAUUCCCAGGGAGACUCUGGUUGGAAUCUACGAGAGGAUCCGGAAGCGGGAGCUGAAGACCAACGAAGACCACGUGUCUCAAGUUCAGAAGGUGGAGAAGCUCAUUGUGGGAAAGAAACCCAUCGGAUCCCUCCAUCACGGCCUGGGAUGUGUUCUUUCGCUUCCUCAUCGACGUUUGGUUUGUUAUUGUCGCCUCUUUGAAGUUCCUGAUCCCAACAAACUGCAGAAACUCGGACUUCAUCAGCGAGAAAUCUUCUUGUUCAACGAUCUACUUGUGGUGACCAAGAUCUUCCAGAAGAAGAAGAACUCGGUGACAUACAGUUUCCGACAGUCCUUCUCUCUCUACGGGAUGCAAGUUCUGUUGUUUGAAAAUCAAUACUAUCCAAAUGGAAUCCGCCUCACGUCGGCUAUUCCAGGAGCAGACAUCAAAGUUCUCAUCAACUUCAACGCACCAAACCCUCAGGACCGCAAGAAGUUCACAGACGACCUGAGAGAGUCCAUUGCUGAGGUCCAAGAAAUGGAGAAAUACAGAAUAGAAUCGGAGCUGGAGAAGCAGAAAGGCGUGGUGAGGCCCAGCAUGUCUCAGAGUUCGGGCCUGAAGAAAGAGGCGGGAAACGGCAGCAUGAACCGAGCCAGUCUGGACGACUCGUACGCCAUGAGCGAGGGUCUGAAGAGGAGCGCGCUCAGCAGCUCCUUACGAGAUCUCUCUGAAGCAGGCAGGCGGGGGCGUCGCAGCAGUGCAGGAUCACUAGACAGCAAUAUGGAAGGCUCCAUCAUUAGCAGCCCGCACACGCGGCGGAAAGCCGCCGCCGCCGCCGCCCCGCCGCCACCGCGCGAGGGCUCCUCCUCCUCCUCGCGCGAGCCUCCCCCCCUCCCCAACUCGGCGCCCACCUCCAUCCUGGGCUCGCUGUUCGCCACCAAGAGAAGCAAGGGGUCCGCGCCGGGCCACGCCCCCGCCGGCCACCCCACCCUCAUAUCCCACAAGCCCCACCCGACCAACCUGCACCACACGGCGCAGGUGGUGCACCACCACCCGCAGUACUGCCAGGUGCCGCAGAACCCGCCGCCGUACCACCACCACCACCACUACCACCCGCCGCCGCACACGCAGUACCACAAGCACCCCGCCUACUCCUCGCACGCACACGCCCACUACGGCCAGCAUCACGCCGCCCAGCCGCACGCCGCCCAGCAGGCGGGCGCCGCGCCCGGCGGACCCAAGCCCAAACACAGCGGCAUCAGCACGGUGGUGUGACGACUCUCCCCGACACCAAAGGACCGACGGCACGACUGUCCACUGUGUUUACUGCUGUUGCCAUGGAAACCACCUGCAGACCCCGCCCACAGGACGCCACCUUCCCCACCGCGAGCCUUGAAGACCGCUGGGUCUGCCCGCCCCGCCCCCCUUUUUCAGCCGGGGUCAUGUGACAGGAAGUAGUAUAAUCAGCAGGUGGAAAUAUAAUCUUUGACAAAGUGUAGUGAAGUAUUUAGUGUAGAUGAUUAGUUCCUAAUUAAAUGUGCCAAUUAUUAUAUUGUGUGUAUAGUACAUCAUCAUCAUUGUUGUCGUAAGUGAAGAUCCCUCCCACAAACAACAUGGAGGACACUUCAUAAGUUGUUAUUAUUAUUCAACAUGGAGGAGACGCCAUACGUUGUUGUUAAUAUUAGGAGUGUCACGAUACCACUCUCCAAACGACCGUAUUGCACCAGUGUCCGUCCGAUAUCGACAGGAAUCAUGCGUGCUCAUAUUGUUUUCCAUCACGACAAUCCAACACCAUAACAACUUUUGUAAAAGGCAAAAAUCACCAAAAGUCGGCUUUAAGUGGAAGUGGAGUGGUAAAUUUUUUAAUUUUUUUUUUGGUUAGGCUCACGACCUUGUAAGUUGAAUGACGCGGACACGUUUGUUACCGGAUACUUUCUGACACGUGUGAGUAAAGAUGCAAAUAGGAUGAUUUAAUACGUGUUUAUAUUGGCAGACGUGCUGCUUUAUUGUUCAAUGUGUCUAGCUCCUGUGCUAUUGUGUGCUUAGCCGUUGUGUAUCUGCACGCUCCUAGUAGCCCGGCAUGUUUGCCUGUUUGUAAAUGGAAGGAGAAAAAAAAACAAUAGAAGAAAUUAGGACGUUUAGACGUUAACCGUCUUUGCACAAGUAAACGCGCUGCUUGUGUCGCACGUGAUAUCGCGCGCUAGUAAAAGACACCGGGGGGCUGCUUGUAUCGCACGUGAUAUCACACAUUUGACGUGCAAGUGUGUUUUCUGAUGAUAUCGGAGCGACUUCAGGUGUAGAUAUUGGAUGGUGACACCCCUAAUGACAACGUAUGAAUAUUGACAUGAUUUCAGUCAUGCGUGCAAUAUCGUUGUGCUGAUUAGGAACAAGUAUCAUUUGUCUUUCUAUUUAUUGACGUGUUGCUUUUCUGUCUCACUUCAUGCUCAUCAGCAGGAAUGUCCUUGUGCUUCUGCAUGUUUGUUGUCAACCUUCCCCGCACUUUGUACAACAACAUGGUAGUUAACGUUCUCCGCACUUUGUGCAACAACAUGGUAGUUAACGUUCUCCGCACAUUGUACAACAACAUGGUAGUUAACGUUCUCCGCACUUUGUGCAACAACAUAGUAGUUAACGUUCUCCGCACUUUGUGCAACAACAUAGUAGUUAACGUUCUCCGCACAUUGUGCAACAACAUAGUAGUUAACGUUCUCUGCACAUUUCACAACAACAACAUAGUAGUUAACGUUCUCCGCACAUUUCACAACAACAACAUAGUAGUUAACGUUCUCCGCACUUUGUACAACAACAUAGUUGUUAACGUUCUCUGCACAUUUUACAACAACAACAACAUAGUAGUUAACGUUCUCUGCACAUUGUACAACAUAGUAGUUAAUGUUCUCUGCACAUUGUACAACAUAGUAGUUAACAUUCUCUGCACAUUGUACAACAUAGUAGUUAACGUUCUCUGCACAUUGUACAACAUAGUAGUUAAUGUUCUCUGCACAUUGUAAAACAACAUUGUAGUUAACGUUCUCUGCACAUUGUACAACAUAGUAGUUAACGUUCUCUGCACAUUGUACAACAUAGUAGUUAACGUUCUCUGCACUUUGUUCAACAUAGUAAUUAACGUUCUCUGCACAUUGUAAAACAACAUAGUAGGUAACGUUCUCUGCACAUUGUACAACAUAGGAGUUAACAUUCUCUACACAUUGUACAACAUAGUAGUUAACGUUCUCUGCACAUUGUACAACAACAUAGUAGUUAACGUUCUCCGCACAUUGUACAACAACACAGUAGUUAACGUUCUCUGCACUUUGUUCAACAUAGUAAUUAACGUUCUCUGCACAUUGUAAAACAACAUAGUAGGUAACGUUCUCUGCACAUUGUACAACAUAGGAGUUAACAUUCUCUACACAUUGUACAACAUAGUAGUUAACGUUCUCUGCACAUUGUACAACAACAUAGUAGUUAACGUUCUCCGCACAUUGUACAACAACAUAGUAGUUAACGUUCUCCGCACAUUGUACAACAACAUGGUAGUUAACGUUCUCCGCACUUUGUGCAACAACAUAGUAGUUAACGUUCUCCGCACUUUGUGCAACAACAAAGUAGUUAACGUUCUCCGCACAUUGUGCAACAACAUAGUAGUUAACGUUCUCUGCACAUUUCACAACAACAACAUAGUAGUUAACGUUCUCCGCACAUUUCACAACAACAACAUAGUAGUUAACGUUCUCCGCACAUUUCACAACAACAACAUAGUAGUUAACGUUCUCCGCACAUUGUACAACAACAUAGUUGUUAACGUUCUCUGCACAUUUUACAACAACAACAACAUAGUAGUUAACGUUCUCUGCACAUUGUACAACAUAGUAGUUAAUGUUCUCUGCACAUUGUACAACAUAGUAGUUAACAUUCUCUGCACAUUGUACAACAUAGUAGUUAACGUUCUCUGCACAUUGUACAACAUAGUAGUUAAUGUUCUCUCCACAUUGUAAAACAACAUUGUAGUUAACGUUCUCUGCACACUGUACAACAUAGUAGUUAACGUUCUCUGCACAUUGUACAACAUAGGAGUCUACGUUUUCUGCACAUUGUACAACAACACAGUAGUUAACGUUCUCUGCACUUUGUUCAACAUAGUAGUUAACGCUCUCUGCACAUUGUAAAACAACAUAGUAGGUAACGUUCUCUGCACAUUGUACAACAUAGGAGUUAACAUUCUCUACACAUUGUACAACAUAGUAGUUAACGUUCUCUGCACAUUGUACAACAACAUAGUAGUUAACGUUCUCCGCACAUUGUACAACAACAUAGUAGUUAACGUUCUCCGCACAUUGUACAACAACAUAGUAGUUAACGUUCUCCGCACAUUGUACAACAACAUAGUAGUUAACGUUCUCUGCACAUUUUACAACAACAACAACAUAGUAGUUAACGUUCUCUGCACAUUGUACAACAACGACAUAGUAGAUAACGUUCUCUGCACAUUGUACAACAACGCAGUUGUUAACGUUCUCUGCACAUUGUACAACAUAGUAGUUAACGUUCUCUGCACAUUGUACAACGUAGUAGUUAACGUUCUCUGCACAUUGUACAACAUAGUAGUUAAUGUUCUCUGCACAUUGUACAAUAACACAGUUGCUAACGUUCUCUGCACAUUGUACAAUAACACAGUUGCUAACGUUCCCUGCACAUUGUACAACAUAGUAGUUAACGUUCUCUGCACAUUGUACAACAUAGUAGUUAACGUUCCCUGCACAUUGUACAACAACGCAGUGUUAGUAGACGUGCAAUCCAUCUUCCAAACGCUGAAAUGAAGUCUUCUGUUGUCCGGGAUGAGAUUCAGCUCAUAGAUCCACUCGAUGUCCAUUUAGGAAUAUGAAUAUAAAUAUAAAUAUAUAUAUAUAUAUAAAUAUAAAUACUUACAAGGGGAAGAAAGCCCGGAAUGUGUGUACAUAUUUUAAUAAAGGAAUAUACUUCUCCUUGGACUCGACACAAAUAUUUUGCUGGAUAAGCACAUGAAAAAAGAAAAGAAAAAAAGCUUAGUCUUUAGGAAAUGCAGUUUGAAGCGCGAAAAUGUAAAAGAAAGAAAGUGAAAUCUAUGAAGAAUAAGUUUGUACAAUAAGAGUUUAUUAUGAGCGUACGUAAUAUUCAGGUUGUACUUUGUGUCAUCACAUAUCAGCAGAAUGUUGUGUAUCAUUCCCAUGAUGUUAGUCUGCAGGAGGAAGAACAAACAACAAAGCACUGCAUGAUUAUGACUAUGAACUUGAAUAUGAUUACGAUUAUGACUAUGAUUAUCAUUGACUAUGAUUAUCACUAUGACUAUGAUUAUGAUCGUGGUUAUGAUUACGAUUAUGAUUAUGACUGAAUAUGAUUAUGACUAUCAUUAUGAGUAUGAUUAUGACUAAAUAUGAUUAUCAUUAUGGUUAUUAUGAUUAUGACUGAUUAUGAUUAUCAUUAUGGUUAUUAUGAUUAUGACUAUGCUUAUCAUGAUUAUCAUUAUGAGUAUGAUUAUGAUUAUGACUGAUUAUGAUGAUCAAUAUGGUUAUUAUGACUGUGCUUAUCAUUAUGAUUAUGACUAUCAUUAUGACUAUGCUUAUCAUUAUGAUUAUCAUUAUGAGUAUGAUUAUGAUUAUGACUGAUUAUGAUUAUCAUUAUGGUUAUUAUGAUUAUGACUAUGCUUAUUAUGAUUAUGACUAUGAUUAUCAUUAUGAGUAUGAUUAUGACUGAUUAUGAUUAUCAAUGUGGUUAUUAUGAUUAUGACUAUGCUUAUCAUUAUGAUUAUGACUAUCAUUAUGACUAUGCUUAUCAUUAUGAUUAUCAUUAUGAUUUGACUAUGAUUAUGAUUCUAAAUAUUGAUUAUGAUGGUGAUUAUGUUGAUUGUGAUGAUGAUUAUGACUAUGAUGGUGAUUAUGAUUCUAAAUAAUGAUUAUGAUCAUGAUUCUAUAUAAUGUUUAUCAUCCUGAUUAUGAUUAUGAUGCAUCACUCGUCCUUUUCACUGUGAGCUGAAAAAGGAAGAAAAAUCAGCCUAUUGAUUGACUGUUUUUUAAUGAUGAUUAUUGUUUGUUUUUUUGCUUUGGACUUUGUUCAUAUUUGUCUUGUCGCAUUUCUGCUGUCAGCAUGUGUGCAACAACAACGUUUUUAUUCACCUCAUAAACAUAAACCACAAAGUUAUUGUGUACGUCACAAAAAUAAACAACAAUGUUGUGUACGUCACAAACAUAAACAACAAAGAUAUUAAUUGCGUCAUGAACAUAAACAAGUUAUUGUGUACGUCCCAAACAAACAACAAUGUUGUGUACGUCAUAAACAUAAACAAGUUAUUUUGUACGUCCCAAACAUAAACAACAAUGUUGUUGUGUACGUCACAAACAAUGUUAUUGUGUACGUCACAAACAUAAACAAGCUAUUGCGUAAGUCACAAACAAACAACAAUGAUAUUUUGUACAUCACAAACAUAAACAACAAUGUCAUUGUGUACGUCACAAACAUAAACAACAAUGUUGUGUACGUCAAACAUAAACAAGUUCAUGGGUACGUCACAAACAUAAACAACAAUGUUGUUGUGUAUGUCACAAACAUAAACAAGUUAUUGCGUAAGUCACAAACAAAUAACAAUAUUUUGUACAUCACAAACAUAAACAACAAUGUCAUUGUGUACGUCACAAACAUAAACAACAAUGUUGUGUACGGCACAAACAUAAACAACAAAGUUACUAUGUGCGUCACAAAUAAACAAUUUAUUGUGUACGUCACAAACAUAAACAACAAAGUUAUUAAUUGCAUCAUGAACAUAAACAAGUUAUUGUGUGUGUCCCAAACAAACAUCAAUGUUGUGUACGUCAUAAACAUAAACAAGUUAUUGUGUACGUCACAAACAAACAACAAUAUUGUUGUGUACGUCACAAACAUAAACAAGUUAUUGCGUAAGUCACAAACAAACAACAAUGAUAUUUUGUACAUCGUAAACAACAAUGUCAUUGUGUACGUCACAAACAUAAACAACAAUGUUGUGUACGGCACAAACAUAAACAACAAAGUUAUUAUGUGCGUCACAAACAAACAAUUUAUUGUGUACGUCACAAACAUAAACAACAAAGUUAUUAAUUGCGUCAUGAACAUAAACAAGUUAUUGUGUACGUCCCAAACAAACAACAAUGUUGUGUAUGUCAUAAACAUAAACAAGUUAUUGUGUACGUCACAAACAUAAACAACAAUGUUAUUGUGUACGUCACAAACAUAAACAAGUUAUUGCGUAAGUCACAAACAACAAUGAUAUUUUGUAUAUCACAAACAUAAACAACAAUGUCAUUGUGUACGUCACAAACAUAAACAAGUUACUGUGGACAUCACAAACAUAAACAAGGUAUUGUGUACAUCACAAACAAACAACAAUGUUAUUGUGUACGUCACAAACAAACAACAAUGUUAUUGUGUAUGUCACAAACAAACAAUGUUAUUGUGUAUGUCACAAACAAACAAGUUAUUGUGUGAGUCACAAACAAACGACAAUGUUGUUGUGUACGUCACAAACAUAAACAAGUUAUUGGGUACGUCACAAACAUAAACAACAAUGUUGUGUAUGUCACAAACAAUGUUAUUGCGUAAGUCACAAACAAACAAUGAUAUUUUGUACAUCACAAACAUAAACAACAAUGUAAUUGUGUGCGUCACAAACAUAAACAACAAUGUUAUUGUGUACGUCACAAACAAACAACAAUGGCACAAACAACGUUAUCAUGUACAUAAACAACAAAGGUAUUGUGUAUGUCAUAAACAAAAUGUUUGUGUAUGUCACAAACAUAAACAAAGUUAUUGUGUAUGUCACAAACAUAACGUUAUUGUUUACGUCAUAAACAUAAACAAAGUUAUUGUGUACGUCACAAACAAACAAAGUUAUUGUGUACGUCACAAACAUAAACAACAAAGUCAUUGUGUACGUCACAAACAAACAACAAAGUUAUUGUGUACGUCAUUAAAAAAAUGUUUGUGUACGUCACAAACAUAAACAAAGUUAUUGUGUACGUCACAAACAUGAACAAAGUUAUUGUGUACGUCACAAACAUGAACAAAGUUAUUGUGUACAUCAUAAACAACAAAGUUAUUGUGUACAUCACAGACAUAAACAACAAAGUUAUUGUGUACGUCACAGACAUAAACAACAAAGUCAUUGUGUACGUCACAAAGUUAUUGUGUACGUCAUAAAAAAAAUGUUUGUGUACGUCACAAACAUAAACAAAAUUAUUGUGUAUGUCACAAACAUAAACAAAGUUAUUGUGUACGUCACAAACAUGAACAAAGUUAUUGGUACAUCAUAAACAACAAAGUUAUUGUGUACAUCACAGACAUGAACAACAAAGUUAUUGUGUACAUCACAAACAUAAACAAAGUUAUUGUGUAUGUCAGACAUAAACAACAAAGUCAUUGUGUACGUCACAAACAAACAACAAAGCUAUUGUGUACGUCACAAACAUAAACAACAAAGUUAUUGUGUAUGUCACAAACCAAGUCAUUGUGUACAUCACAAACAAACAACAAAGUUAUUGUAUACGUCACAAACAAACAACAAAGUUAUUGUGUACAUCACAAACAUAAACAACAGAGUUAUUGUGUGCGUCACAGACAUAAACAACAAAGUUAUUGUGUACGUCACAAACAAACAACAAAGUCAUUGUGUACGUCACAAACAAACAGCAAAGUUAUUGUGUACGUCACAAACAUAAACAACAAAGUUAUUGUGUAUGUUACAAACAUAAACAAAGUUAUAUACAUCACAAACAUAAACAAAGUUAUUGUGUACGUCACAAACAUAAACAAAAUGUUUGUGUACGUCUCAAACAUGAACAAAGUUAUUGUGUACAUCACAAACAUAAACAAUAAAGUUAUUGUGUACGUCACAGACAUAAACAACAAAGUUAUUGUGUAUGUCACAAACAAACAACAAAGUCAUGAUGUGCGUCACAAACAAACAACAAAGUCAUUGUGUACGUCACAAACAAACAACAAAGUUAUUGUGUACGUCACAAACAAACAACAAAGUCAUUGUGUACGUCACAAACAAACAACAAAGUUAUUGUGUACGUCACAAACAUAAACAAAAUGUUUGUGUACGUCUCAAACAUUAACAAAGUUAUUGUGUACAUCACAAACAUAAACAAUAAAGUUAUUGUGUACGUCACAGACAUAAACAACAAAGUUAUUGUGUAUGUCACAAACAAACAACAAAGUCAUUGUGUACGUCACAAACAAACAACAAAGUCAUUGUGUACGUCACAAACAAACAACAAAGUUAUUGUGUACGUCACAAACAAACAACAAAGUCAUUGUGUACGUCACAAACAAACAACAAAGUUAUUGUGUACGUCACAGACAUAAACAACAAAGUUAUUGUGUACGUCACAGACAUAAACAACAAAGUUAUUGUGUACAUCAAAGACAUAAACAACAAAGUUAUUGUGUACGUCACACACAUAAACAACAAAGUUAUUGUGUAUGUCACAAACAUAAACAACAAAGUUAUUGUGUACGUCACAGACAUAAACAAAGUUAUUGUGUACGUCACAGACAUAAACAACAAAGUUAUUGUGUACGUCACAAAGAAACAACAGUCAUUGUGUACGUCACGAACAUAAACAACAAAGUUAUUGUGAACGUCACAAACAUAAACAAAGUUAUUGUGUACGUCACAGACAUAAACAAAGUUAUUGUGUACGUCACAGACAUAAACAACAAAGUUAUUGUGUACGUCACAGACAUAAACAACAAAGUUAUUGUGUACAUCAAAGACAUAAACAACAAAGUUAUUGUGUACGUCACACACAUAAACAACAAAGUUAUUGUGUAUGUCACAAACAUAAACAACAAAGUUAUUGUGUACGUCACAGACAUAAACAAAGUUAUUGUGUACGUCACAGACAUAAACAACAAAGUUAUUGUGUACGUCACAAACAAACAACAGUCAUUGUGUACGUCACGAACAUAAACAACAAAGUUAUUGUGUACGUCACAAACAAACAACAGUCAUUGUGUACGUCACGAACAUAAACAACAAAGUUAUUGUGUACGUCACAGACAUAAACAACAAAGUUAUUGUGUACGUCACAAACAAACAACAGUCAUUGUGUACGUCACACACAUAAACAACAAAGUUAUUGUGUACGUCACACACAUAAACAACAAAGUUAUUGUGUAUGUCACAAACAUAAACAACAAAGUUAUUGUGUACGUCACAGACAUAAACAAAGUUAUUGUGUACGUCACAGACAUAAACAACAAAGUUAUUGUGUACGUCACAAACAAACAACAGUCAUUGUGUACGUCACGAACAUAAACAACAAAGUUAUUGUGAACGUCACAAACAUAAACAAAAUCAUUGUGUACGUCACAAACAUAAACAAAGUCAUUGUGUACGUCAUAAACAUAAACAAAGUCAUUGUGUACGUCACAAACAUAAACAAAGUCAUUGUGUACGUCACAAACAUAAACAAAGUCAUUGUGUACGUCACAAACAUAAACAAAGUCAUUGUGUAUGUCACAAACAUAAACAAAGUCAUUGUAUACAUCACAAACAUAAACAAAGUCAUUGUGUACGUCACAAACAUAAACAAAGUCAUUGUGUACAUCACAAACAUAAACAAAGUCAUUGUGUACAUCACAAACAUAAACAAAGUCAUUGUGUGCUGUACGUCACAAACAAAGUUAUUUUGUCCGUCACCAACAUAAACAACAUGCACUUCCUUCCUGGGCUGAGGGCUUUUAUUUUGUAAAUAUGUUGAAUGUUGAAGUGAAAGUGUUUCGUCCUCCCAAGGUGUAAAGGACCAAGAUGGCGCUAAAAGAAGUGUAAAUAUUGUCAAUAUGAUGCAAUCUAUUCUAUUCAACUUGUACAAACAUGGACCAAUGAAGCUCAACAUAUCAGAACGUGUCCUUCAAAGUCCCAGAUACAAAAAGCACACAUACACAUACACACACACACACACACACC